AUGGCCGAUGCAGUGGGCAUCAUUACCAAGAUUAUCGAAGCUGCUCUCAAGAUCAAGAGAGCAGCAGACACGGUGAAGCAGAAUGAGGAUACAUGCAAGCAGAUAAUAAGCCGCGCUGAGAUACUCUGCGACACGUUGUCGCAGCACCAGGAUAACAGGGAGCUGAUGAACAACUCGGCAAUAAGAAAGGCACUUGAGGCCCUGGACGAAACCCUUGGUGAGGCCUUGCAGCUGGUCAUUGAUUGCCAGGAGGAGACCAACGUCGUGUGCCUUUACUUCAAAUCCGGGGACCUGUCCGAGCGGUUAAAAAAAGGUGGAGCAGCAUAUAUCCAGGAAGAGCACGGACGCAAUGUUGACCAUCAUGGGCUUCCUUUUAAGUAA